AGCGACACACACAGAGAGAAACCCUUGUAUCUAUAAUUUGACUACAAUUGGACUUCACGAAGAAAUUAAGGAAUCGUUAACUGAAAAUUCGAAAGAAUGGAUAUGGAUGAAGAAUUCUACGAACAAGGGUACCCCGAUGAAGAGUUCGAGGAAGAAGACGAGGAAGAGAUAACUCAGGAGGACGCGUGGGCUGUCAUCAGUGCUUACUUCGAGGAGAAGGGUUUGGUGCGCCAGCAGCUCGAUUCCUUCGACGAGUUCAUUCAGAACACGAUGCAGGAAAUCGUCGAUGAAUCCGCCGACAUCGAGAUCCGACCCGAGUCUCAGCAUAACCCCGGCCACCAACCCGACUUCGCUGAGACUAUCUAUAAGAUUAGUUUCGGGCAGAUUUAUCUCAGUAAACCGAUGAUGACGGAGUCUGAUGGAGAGACUGCUACGUUGUUUCCUAAGGCUGCAAGGCUAAGGAAUUUGACAUAUUCAGCUCCAUUGUAUGUUGAUGUCACCAAGAGAGUCAUAAAGAAAGGUCAUGAUGGUGAAGAAGUUACGGAGACUCAGGAUUUCACGAAAGUCUUUAUUGGAAAGGUUCCUAUUAUGCUGAGGUCAAGUUAUUGUACACUCUAUCAAAAUUCUGAGAAAGAUUUGACAGAGUUGGGAGAGUGCCCAUAUGACCAGGGUGGUUAUUUCAUCAUCAAUGGCAGUGAAAAGGUUUUGAUUGCUCAGGAGAAGAUGAGCACCAAUCAUGUCUAUGUAUUUAAAAAGCGGCAACCAAACAAGUAUGCUUAUGUGGCUGAAGUUCGGUCCAUGGCGGAGACCCAAAAUAGGCCGCCUAGUACAAUGUUUAUCCGGAUGCUUGCUCGAACUAGCGCCAAAGGGGGUUCAUCGGGACAAUAUAUACGCGCCACCCUUCCAUAUAUUCGCUCUGAGAUUCCGAUUAUUAUUGUGUUUCGGGCAUUAGGAUUUGUUGCUGACAAAGAUAUAUUAGAGCAUAUCUGCUACAAUUUUCAAGAUACUCAGAUGAUGGAGCUUCUGAGGCCCUCCUUGGAAGAAGCAUUCGUGAUCCAGAAUCAACAGGUUGCUCUGGAUUACAUUGGGAAAAGAGGAGCCACUGUUGGUGUUACCAGAGACAGAAGAAUCAAGUAUGCCAAAGAGAUUCUUCAGAAAGAAAUGCUUCCUCAUGUUGGCGUCGGGGAAUAUUGCGAGACAAAGAAGGCUUAUUAUUUUGGUUAUAUAAUCCACCGGCUUCUGCUGUGUGCACUUGGCCGAAGGGCAGAGGAUGAUAGAGAUCACUAUGGCAAUAAGCGACUGGAUCUUGCUGGUCCUUUGCUUGGUGGUCUAUUUCGAAUGCUAUUCAGAAAGUUGACCAGGGAUGUGAGGGGUUAUGUUCAGAAGUGUGUUGAUAAUGGGAAGGAUGUGAAUUUGCAAUUUGCAAUAAAAGCCAAAACAAUUACCAGUGGUCUAAAAUACUCGCUUGCUACUGGCAACUGGGGCCAAGCAAACGCAGCGGGUACAAGAGCUGGAGUUUCCCAGGUCUUGAAUCGCUUGACUUAUGCCUCUACAUUGUCUCAUUUACGAAGACUCAACUCCCCCAUUGGCCGUGAAGGUAAACUGGCUAAACCAAGGCAGCUACACAAUUCACAGUGGGGAAUGAUGUGUCCUGCAGAGACACCGGAAGGACAAGCGUGUGGUUUGGUGAAGAACCUUGCGUUGAUGGUCUAUAUAACAGUUGGUUCAGCAGCAUAUCCAAUUCUAGAAUUUUUGGAGGAAUGGGGUACCGAAAAUUUUGAGGAAAUUUCUCCUGCUGUGAUUCCUCAAGCAACAAAGAUCUUUGUGAACGGUUGUUGGGUUGGUAUCCAUCGUAACCCUGAUAUGUUAGUGUCUACUCUCAGACGUUUGAGGAGACGUGUUGAUGUCAAUACUGAGGUUGGGGUGGUUCGAGAUAUUCGUCUGAAAGAACUUCGUAUAUAUACCGAUUAUGGUCGUUGCAGUCGUCCGUUAUUUAUUGUUGAAAAGCAAAGACUUCUUAUAAAAAAGAAGGAUAUUCAAGCAUUGCAACAAAGGGAAUCUCCUGAUGAUGGUGGCUGGCAUGACUUAGUUGCGAAAGGAUUUAUAGAAUACAUCGAUACAGAAGAAGAAGAAACAACUAUGAUUUCCAUGACAAUAAAUGAUCUUGUAAGUGCAAGGAUAAAUCCAGGCGAGGCUUAUUCAGACACUUAUACACACUGUGAGAUUCACCCAUCGUUGAUAUUGGGUGUUUGUGCUUCAAUCAUUCCAUUUCCUGAUCACAACCAGUCACCACGUAACACAUACCAGUCCGCUAUGGGUAAACAAGCCAUGGGUAUUUACGUCACUAACUACCAAUUUCGAAUGGACACCUUGGCUUAUGUACUCUACUACCCUCAAAAGCCUCUCGUGACUACACGUGCUAUGGAACAUCUGCAUUUCAGACAGCUCCCAGCUGGCAUUAACGCCAUUGUUGCCAUUUCUUGCUACUCCGGUUACAAUCAAGAAGAUUCGGUUAUUAUGAACCAGUCAUCGAUCGACCGUGGCUUUUUCCGAUCACUAUUUUUCCGUUCGUACAGAGACGAGGAGAAGAAGAUGGGUACCCUAGUCAAAGAGGAUUUCGGCCGCCCUGACAGAGCUAACACCAUGGGUAUGCGUCACGGUUCUUACGAUAAACUGGACGACGAUGGGCUAGCGCCGCCAGGAACUAGAGUCUCCGGUGAAGAUGUCAUCAUCGGAAAAACGACCCCCAUAACCCCCGACGAAGCUCAAGGCCAAGCAAACGCCCGCUACACAAAACGUGACCACAGCACGAGCCUACGUCACAGUGAAACCGGCAUGGUUGAUCAGGUCCUGUUGACCACAAAUGCAGACGGUUUGAGGUUCGUCAAAGUUAGAGUUCGGUCGGUUCGAAUACCUCAAAUUGGAGACAAGUUCAGUAGUAGGCACGGUCAGAAGGGGACAGUGGGCAUGACUUACACACAGGAAGACAUGCCUUGGACUCUCGAAGGGAUAAAUCCCGACAUUAUCGUAAAUCCACACGCUAUCCCUUCUCGCAUGACGAUUGGUCAGUUGAUCGAGUGUGUUAUGGGCAAAGUUGCAGCCCAUAUGGGCAAAGAAGGAGAUGCAACUCCCUUUACAGAUGUGACUGUGGAUAAUAUCAGUAAAGCUUUACAUAAAUGUGGCUAUCAAAUGAGGGGCUAUGAGACUAUGUACAAUGGGCAUACUGGGAGGAAGCUUACUUCGAUGAUAUUUUUGGGCCCCACUUAUUACCAGAGGCUGAAGCAUAUGGUUGAUGACAAGAUUCACUCUCGAGGAAGAGGGCCUGUCCAGAUUCUGACAAGGCAGCCCGCUGAAGGGCGGUCGCGUGACGGUGGUUUAAGGUUUGGUGAGAUGGAAAGGGAUUGUAUGAUUGCGCAUGGUGCUGCGCAUUUUCUCAAGGAGAGGCUUUUUGACCAGAGUGAUGCUUAUAGAAUUCAUGUUUGUGAGAAGUGUGGUUUGAUUGCUAUUGCCAACUUGAAGAAGAAUUCGUUCGAGUGUAGAGCGUGCAAGAAUAAAACUGAUAUCGUUCAGGUGCACAUUCCGUAUGCUUGUAAGCUGCUAUUCCAGGAGCUGAUGUCUAUGGCCAUUGCUCCGAGAAUGCUGACGAAGGAUAUUAAACAGUCGAAAGAGCAGAAGAAGAAAGGGGCUUGAUUUUCGAUUUUGGAAAUAUGACGAUGAGUUUAAAAACCGAGCGUAUAGUUUGUUUUUGAAGAUGGGACGGAGAUUUUAUUUGUGGAGGUGUAUAAGCAAAGCUUACAUGUAUUUGUUGAUGGAAUUUGUGUACGAUUAUGUUGCGUAAUAUUUUCUCAAGAUUUGAUGGACUACAUAUAUUAGCUUCAAAACAUAAAUUUGUUUUAGUGGUGUACAAUUGAAGAAUUUUGUGUUUAUUCAUCUUUGUGUUGUUAUAUAUGGUAUAUGAUUUCGAU